GUGAGCUGUGGAUCAUAUAAACAAUUGGAAAUUCCAUACAGAAUUGUUUAAAACAUGAAAAAGUGAAUUUUAAACAGUUUUCAAAUAUUUUCCAGCUUCAGUCUCACAUUCCGAAAGACGUGACUUAAUGGUUAUUAAUUGCUGAAAGGUACACAAUUGAGAAAUUGUUUGCAGCUGCUCAUUUCAAGCGAAGUGACGCGGACAAGCCGGUGCAGUGGCUUUCUGUCUUCUGGGCGUCUUUCCAUGCGCAACAUCUGAUGGCUGUGUUUGUCAUCAGCGUGUACAUUGAAUCGCAGCUGUUCACAGAUAACUUCGAAGCUGUCGACCUCACAUCCGGUAUGCUGUAUAACCAAACGAACUGCAUCAAUCUUAAGUCAUCUUAAGUCACAAAUUCCGUGCUGGUUUUAAGGUAAUUUUAGCUCGACAGUUUAGAUUUCUCAACAGCUCUCAUAGUCAAAGCCACAACUACAGCGCUCUUCCCUGCCACUCUUACCGAAUAGCAGCGGGGAAAUAGCUGGCAAUAGCGUUAGUUGUCAUUCAUUACAUCGUUCUCGUUAUACCUCCAUCGGCUCGCAGUAACCGCUGAUAACAACCUUGAAAAAGCGGAAUGUAAUCGUCGCAAAUCAAGUAAAUGAUGUAAUUUUAACAGCGCGGCAAACCACAACAGCAGAAGGGACACCAGCACAUGCUGCAGCGAAACUAUUGCAACGGACCAAUGAUGCCGACAGCAAUAUUUUACUCGACGUGGAAAAUGGAGUGCAUAACUUUUGGCACGGUCAUCCGCAGUCUUCAGCCAUAAAUUGCAACCGCAGUGAUAAUUUGCAUCGCUCCGUCAUUAGCAAUAGUAUGGCACAUGCAGCACGUAAUGCAGCCAAGUCAAUGCAGCAGGCCGAACUAAUGCCCAACGGCGCUAAUAUGCCUAAUAUGCCCGGCUCACCGUUUAUAAAAUACGAAAACGGUGCACCUCAAGACGUGCACAAUUAUUGGUACCCCAAAGCCUUUCCAUUUGGCGAUGUAAUUUGCAUAAUUGGAAGUGUUUUAGCGGAGACAGCCACCAAUGCAAACGUGUUGACAAUAACGACAUUUGCUGUUGAACGUGACAUAGCGAUAUGUCAUCCAUUUCGACAGCAUACCAUGUCGAAGCUCUCGCCUGCCAUCAAAUACAUCUCGUCAUUUGGGAGGCAAAUUUGCACUGUCUCCGCUCAGGGCGUCACGUCGUGCACGUUGCCGUUGCACGCGCAACGCUUGAUGGCUGUGUAUGGCAGCAGCGCGAACAUUGAAUCGCAACUGUUCAAAGAUGUUUUCGAAGCUGACGACCUCACAUCCGGUGUACUGCAUUCCCAAUCGACUUGCAUCAAUCAGUUGUUGAACAACAUCGUGAGUAACAAAUUCCGUGAUGCUUUCAAAGUGAGCUAA